AUGCUGCCAGCUUCGCCACAAAUCAUGGCAAAUUCCAACGGCGGUUCAAGCCGCACAAAUCUCAUUCUCAAAGCUGCAGAAGACGGCCGGUAUGGCGUCAUCGCAGCAAUCGCGUACAACAUUGAGCAACUCUACGGCCUUGUCAAGGCCGCGGAAAAGGCUCGGUCGCCACUGAUCUUGCAAUUUUUCCCAUGGGCAGUCACAUAUGCUGACGGUCUGCUGAUUCGCAGCGCCGCAAUCGCACGCGAUGCGGCGUGCGUCCCAAUCUCGAUCCACCUCGACCACGCCCAAGACCCGGCCAUUGUCAAGCUCGCCGCGGACAUGCUGCCAUUCGACAGCAUCAUGGUGGAUAUGUCACACUACGAAAAAGAAGAGAACCUGGCAAAAACAGCAGCUCUUGUAAAGUACUGCCAAGAGCGGGGAAUUGCUACGGAAGCAGAACCGGGUCGCAUCGAAGGCGCAGAGGACGGUGUCAUGGAUACUGCAGAGCUGGAGGCUUGUUUGACUACGCCCGAGGAAGUAGAGGAGUUCGUCGGCACGGGCGUAGAUACAUUGGCACCAGCGUUCAAAAAUAUUCAUGGAGAAUAUGGGCCCGAAGGACCACAGCUUGACUUUGAGCGGCUUGCUUCAAUAAGAAGCCAAAUUGGGGGCAGGGUUCGCAUUGCGCUGCACGGCACAAACGGAUUUCCAAAGGACAUUUUGCAAAAGUGCAUCGCGCUCGGUGUUUCCAAGGUAAACGUGAACCGGCUUGUCCUGGACGACUACUACGAGUACUUGCAUCAUGAUUCUACCCGAAAGCUACCACAUACUAGAAUCAUCGAGGAGAGUACCGACAAGGUCGUCAAGCUGACGAUGAAAUGGAUGGAGAUUUGCGGCUCGGCCGGCAAAGCCUGA